CGUACGUACUAUAUAUAUUGUACAAUCCUUCAUCACCUUCCAACUCACACUUGAAAUUAAACCCAGCCAGCACCUUCAUUGAGUCUGAAGAUGGCUACCUCUCUCUUCAAGUUCGCUGUCUUCCUCUUCAUUGCCCUCGUCCUUUUCUCUCCCAACGAGAAUAAUAUUGCUGAAGCAAAACUUUGCCAAAAACUUAGCAAAACAUUUUCUGGGAUUUGUAUCCGCAAGAAACCAUGCAAGUCUGCAUGCGCAAAAGAAGGUGCUGUUGACGGAAGUUGUCACACUCAUGGUAUUGGACGUGCAUGCUUUUGCUACUUCCGGUGUUGAGAGACGCUAUCACGUGCCUUCCUCGUGCUGAUAUCAACCAGACAACCACCUCCUCAUACUAAGUUAUGAAUAUAUAUUAUAUAAAUAAAUAGUGCUUCAUUCGGUUAAAGCACUGUUCGUGCGCGCGCGCGUCAAAGUUCAUGUCUCGCUGUUUGGCUGGCUCGUAAUAAUUCAUCUAUUGUGUUUUUUCUUUUAUGUUCUUUUUCUUGGUUUCUUUAUGUGUUUUGUGAUGGAUAUUAUUGUAUCUGUUUCGUGUUAUAUAAUGAAUUGAAGGGUACGGUUGUGUUAUAAAAAGAGCACUCCGCGUCUGCUGGUA